CGUUAUAGUACAUCGCUGGUGUUUGUGUGAGAAUCUCCUACUCGCAUUCGCUUCUCAUUCCGCCAACAGCUCGCAACAUAGAUUGCACCUCCGACACGCCAAAAAAGCUCAGGGUAACGAAGGUUGACCCUGCCGAAGAGGCAGAGAAAUGUCACGACUUCACGUUACCAACGACUACGUGCUAGAACUCAACAAUGUCUAUCACGCAGGACAGAUGGAGGCCUCAACAUGUUUGGAGAAGAUGGUCGGCAAUAGCUCAGUGGGCGUCGUGUUGAAGGACGUUUCCCUGGAGGUGCACGGAGGAGAGUUAAUGGCCGUCCUCGGCUCUAAAGGUAGCGGCAAGAAAACGCUGCUGGAUGUGAUCGCCCGCCGGGCGCAAGGACCAACUCGCGGUCAAAUUCUGUUGAACGGGGUUCCCAUGUCGAUGCGCUUGUUCCAGGACAGUUGCGCUUACGUUGGCCGCAAAUGCCAUCUUUUAGAAGGACUGACUACUAAACAAACUCUGUACUACGCUGCCCAUCUUACCAUAGGUUCCAAAGUGUCCAGCUAUGUCAAAUCGACUCGAGUGAAACAGGUUAUGGCCGACCUGGCUUUGAUUCACGUUGCGAAUCACGGCGUUCACUCCCUCAACCAGAGCGAAUACAGACGACUGGCCAUUGGCAUUCAAUUGCUACGAGAUCCGGUUGUUAUCUUGCUGGACGAGCCAACGGGCGACCUGGACCCACUACACACAUACAUGGUUGUGUCGAUCCUAUCAAAUCACGCCAAAAAGUACAACCGAAUCGUCGUCCUCAGUACGGAAAAGCCCCGAUCAGACAUUUUCCCAUUUCUGGAUCGGGUGACUUACCUUUGCUUGGGAGACGUCGUUUAUACGGGCGCCACGCGCAUGAUGUUGGAUUACUUCCGCCACCUGGGAUUCCCCUGUCCGGAAUUGGAAAAUCCGCUCAUGUUUUACCUGUGUUUGUCCACGGUAGAUCGACGCAGCCAGGAGCGGUUCCUGGAAUCCAGCAAUCAGAUUGCCGCUUUGGUAGACAAAUUUCGAAUGGAAGGGCGGCCGUUCCGCAAGUGCGCCGUCUCCUACGCCGAUCAAAUGGAAACGGAACAUCGGUUGCCUUUGACAGCCUACGGACGGCCAACGACGACGCAAGUGCUGACCAAUCUCAUGUCACGCGAAUGGGCCGUCCUCUGGAAUUGCGGAUCGCCCAUUGGGCGUGGCCAAUUCUUUCUUCGUUUGCUCCUCCUGCCCGUCUUCUUUUUCCUCCUGUGGAUCUUCUACUACGAAUUACCACUAAACCAACAAUCAUACGCUUCACGGAACGGACUCCUCUACAGUUGCCUGGCCGGCACCAUGUUCCUCUCGGUCGCAUCGACUGUGGCCGUUCAUCCGGCGUUGCGGACGCGCUACUACCAAGAAUCGAGGGACGGACUCUACUUCGGGCCGUCGUUUAUCCUCGCUCGCAGUUUGGCCUCGUUGCCUUUGUCGAUGAUGACGGUAGCGGCCGGAUCAGCCAUCAUCUACUUCGGCAUGCCCAUAUCGACGAAUCCGUUCCAGUACCUGCUAUUCGGCUCAACUCUGUGGGCCGUUCACUACUUCAUGGAACAGCAAACGAUGGCUCUACUGAUGCUUGUCAAAAGCUCUUUCAACGCAGCGCUGACUUCCCUAUUCCUCGGCAUUGUCUACCUGAAUGUGGGCAGUGCUAUGGUCCGCGCUGUACCUGGAUUGCCGGAUUACCUUUAUUAUCUCACGUACGUCACUCAGUCCCGUUACGCCGCUGCCGUUUUAAAUGAACAGCAUUUUCGCAAUUUCUCGUCGUUACCGUCCGUCCUUAAUUCGACUCUGUCCAUCCCGUGCCCUUCCGGAACCACCUUCUCUAAUUAUGGCUGUCGCUAUUCCAACGGAACCCACUAUCUGAUGGAGCGUUACCACCUGACGCACCCGCCGUACGACGAUGAUCUGCGUUUUUGGCUCAACUUUGGGCUCAACUUUCUCUUCACUGGGGCCAUGUUCUUUGCAAACAUCAUUUUGCACAUUGUACCGCUACCGGCCUUUGUUAAAUCAAAGUUCCGCGGUUGAUCCUUCUCCACAUUGACGCGAUAUAUCAUAUAUUAUUUUGAUCGCCUUUUGUAAAGGACGUAUUACUGUACAAAAAUGAAUGUCUGUUUAUACAUGUAUUAUUACCAUAAUUAUUAUACACGAAAAUUAAAAACUGA